AAUGCCGGAAGUUGUCUGUUACUAUGGUGAUGCGCCUAACCUCUCUAUUCAGUAGCGCCUGUGUGUGUUUUUGUUAAAUGAAAUAAAAUGAACGGGGAUGAUAUGGUUCUGGAAUGUCUCAAUAAACAACAGGAGAGUCUGAACAUGAGUCACCGGGGUCUAGUUGUUUUGCCACCUGGCAUUUCGAGACUCGUUUCUUUGAAAAAACUGUUUCUGAACAACAAUCAGCUCAUUUUACCACCAGACGAGAUUCUGCACCUGGAAAAGCUUGAAGAACUGAUACUGGAUAGAAACCAGCUGACCAUUCUUCCUAGCAACAUUGGAUCACUGAAACACCUGACUUACCUGGGUGUAAACCACAACCCAUUAUCUCUUCUUCCAGAAGCAAUAGGUGACCUGAGAGAACUGAGAGAGCUCUGGGCUGUUGGAUGUGGUCUCAUCUCCAUACCAUUAUCUAUUGGUAAUCUCAGCAAGUUACAGAAACUUGGGCUCCACAAUAAUAAUAUUACACACCUGCCUUCAAAAUUUGGAGCUCUCAGCAGUUUGCAGUGGUUAAAUUUAGCUGAUAAUAAACUUCAAGACCUCCCAGAAGAGGUUAAUCACUUACAGUCUCUGGUCUUCAUCAAUCUGGACAAGAACUGUUUUUCACACAUCCCUACUGCACUAACAGACAUGGCAAAUCUGCAGAUCCUGUCUGUUAAAUUUAACAGCAUCAGAUCACUGGAGGAUUACUUAAUCCCUGCUUUCAGCAGACUUAUAAAACUUGACCUCAGAGAAAAUCCUUUAAUGGAUAGACCACCUCACUGGAAGGGAUUGGAUUUCAUAUUGCUGGGUAAAGUGUGAUUUACUGAAGAAGCAGAUUCAUAUGAGAAACUGAAAAUGAACACCCAGUUGCAUUAAAUACUUCUGUCAGUGAAACAUAUGAAACAACGAGAAGUGAAUUUACACAA